UCUUUAUCAGCCUCCAGGACAGCUCCAAAGCCUCAAGGAUUUGUGAACAAGGAACUUGAUUGGAACACUGAUUUUUCCAAAGAAGGCUGAGAAAUGAUGUGCAGAUGGAGGACAGGAGAUUCUUUAGCAUGGGGAAGAGAAAUGAAGAGGAAAGGUUGGAUUUUGGUUAGAAUCCUGCUCAGAAAUGCAGUUCCUCCUCCACCAAAGGCCAGGCUGAGGAUAAGAGGUGUGAAGCUUGGAUGCCUUUCACUGGGCUGAUUGCAUUCAAAGCGGAAUCACUGCCGGCAAAGGGACACAAUGCCAGGCCUUUGCUCCAGCCUCAGGACUUUGGGAACACCCCAAGUCUGCUCUGGUUCUUGCACUGAGCUCCAGCCUUGGGGUGAAUGCUGCAAAACGAUGAGAAAGGACGGAGCCAAUGAGCAAUAAACCCUGCAGAGCUCCACUCCCAAAAGGUAGCGCACAGCCCAUGAGGUGUGGGGAAGUCCUCUUGGCAGCGAGAUCUGAGUCAUAAAGAAAGUAAAGCAAAGGCAGAAGGCAGGGUGACAAGGGCAGGGCUGGGACAUGAAGCAGCAAUGACCCCCAAAGAGGGAUGUUAGUGCUAUGGAUGUGGCUGCAGUGACCAGAGCUCAAGGAUAUUUCUUAGGGCAAUUUGUGACUUCUGACUGUGGGGAGAGAGAGGGAAAUGUUUGCAAUGCGAUGCGUGCUGGGAAGAGGAUGAGUCUUUCAUAGCAGGGCAACCCGACCAUGCCGAGCAUAUUCUCCUACCAGAGCUCCGAAAUCGACUGGUGUGAAAACAACUUUGUGCGCUCGCCGAUCAUCGCAGAGUACUACAACACGAUCAGCAAUGUAUGCUUCUUCAUCCUUUCGGCUGCCCUGCUCCACCUGAACUGGCAGUACUGCCAGAAGCGCAGCGUGCCCAUGUACUUCAUCUCUGGCCUCCUCCUCUGUGUAGGUAUUUUCUCCAUGUACUUCCACAUGACCCUGAGCUACGUGGGACAACUCUUGGAUGAGCUCUCCAUCCUCUGGACACUGGCUGUGGCAUAUUCCGUUUGGUACCCAAGGGCUCACUUCCCCAGGUGCAUCAAAAGCAGGAAGCAAUUCUACUGGUUGGGUGGUGUCACCACCGUGAUCACCACCUUGAUGUCCUUCAUCAAACCAUCUAUCAAUGCCUACGCGCUCAACUGCAUCGCCUUCCACCUGCUGUACCUGACCUGGCGCGAGCUGAAAAAGUGCGAUGACCAACGUGUUCACCGGAUGGCCAAAGCCAUGGUGCUGUGGUGGGUGCUGGCCAUCACCAGCUGGUUAAGUGACAGGUGGCUUUGCUGGCUCUGCCAGGCAAUCAACUUCCCUUAUUUCCACAGCUUCUGGCACGUGCUGAUAGCUGUGUCCCUCCUCUACUGCUUCCCACUCGUCAUGUACUUUGACGUCACCUACGAGAUGCCAGCGUUCACACCAAAGCUAGGAUAUUGGCCCAGCGACUCCUGGCCCAUCGUGGUGCCUUACAUUGCCCUGGAGGAACCUCACAAGCAGUGCUAAAGCCAGCUACGCCCCUCAGGCAUGGGGUGUGUGAUGCACACACGUGCAUCUUUACGGGAAACACCUCAGCUGUGUGCCUGCUCCCUGGACAAGGGCAACGUGGCUGGCGGAUGGGGCAGGGAGCAGCUGAGGCCUCGUGGUGCUGGGCGUGAAGGAGGGUGGGAGCCCACAGACUUAGGAGACUGCCCAGGCUAAUGCCAGGGAGACGAAGGUCUCCUCCUCCAGCUGAUGCUCACUGAGAAGGGGAGAGGACAGUGCUGCUUCUGUGUCCUCUGCAUUAGUCAGGCUGUGUCGCCUUUUGCUGUCAAGAGCACAGCUGGAAAGACAGAAGCCAAGCUGGUGACAGAUGGGUUUGUUGGGGCUGCUCUAAUUAUUAUUAUUAAUUUUAUUUAUUUAUGUAUAUGGUCUUGCUCAGGAGAGCUGUGCAUUAAAGCUAUGGACACUGACUAGCACCCAGCUCUUUUCUUUCCCCUGAAUGCACCAUAUCCCCCAUUAUCUGUCAGCCACCUGCAGUGGCCAAAGCUCUUUAUGGCCUGGUGGGGGAAAUCCUUUUAGAUGACAGCCCAAGAGAGGUUCUGUUCUAUCCCUUCUCAGUCCCUGUGGCCCUUGUCUCUCUCCUGGUGGUGUUUGAGAGCCAUGGCGAGGUGGCAGUGAGGGACAUGGUUAGUGGGCAUGGUGGGAUGGGUUGGAUUGGGUAAUCUUGGAGGUCAUUUCCAACCCGAAUGA